CGUGGAGUGGUUUGGAUUUAAAUCGACGGUGUUUCAGUCGACAGAUAGAAUUUCAAAUGUUUUUACUGAACUAAACUUUAAUAUUUAAUGGUACUUGAAGAAAUCAACAGCUAUGUCUUGGCUUCCAUGCUAAACAGUCAAACAUUGAACAGCUCCUGCUACGGAUACUUUUAUGUAUCUGUUGCAUUAGUGGAUCCAAGGUCUUAGUGUUAUUACGUAGGCUAUAUAUGAGCCAUGUUCCGAGGUUUGGACUAUUUGAAUAUUGAUUUUGUUCGCAAGAAAAAAUGCGGCGACACCUCGAUGAUCAUUCUUCAAGUUUGACGAACAGUGGGAUUUUCAAUAGUACUUUGCCACUUUCAACAUCAAACACAGCUUCCAGAAUCUUUACUGAUUUAGAUGCUCGUGUGGGAGCAUCGAACAUUCCAUCGACAACUUCUGUCACAGCUGGUUCAGCAUCAGCGCCAACUAUUUCAUUUCAUCAUUCCAAUCGAACUGUAAAUGCGCCCGUUUCACCAGGAACGGGCAGCAAUAAUACUAAUAAGCCCUUGAUUUCAAGGCAGCCAUUGGCUCUGAUACAAGAAACUGUCCAUGCUGUAGGUUCAACAUUAGUCUCUGAAAUGCAAAGUGGUGUACAGUUCUCAAUUCCAUCAGGCUAUCAAGCUCGUGUAGCAGCUGCUACAACUUUAGCCCAGGGUAAUCAUGGUCAUAAUCAAACUUCAUCAACUGUUCACCAUUCAUUGCCAUCACAAGCACAAGCUCAUAGUAAUACACAAAUAGUGCACCCUAUACAAGCAAAUUCACAGGCACAUGUAACACAAAUGCAAGGGCACCAAAUGCAAUUUCAGAGGCUUAAAGUAGAAGAUGCUUUAUCUUAUCUUGAUCAAGUGAAAUACAAGUUUGGCAAUCAACCCCAAGUAUAUAACGAUUUUCUCGACAUAAUGAAAGAGUUCAAAUCUCAAAGCAUUGACACUCCCGGUGUUAUUCAAAGAGUAUCUAAUCUUUUUCGAGGGCAUCCUGAACUCAUUGUUGGUUUCAAUACAUUUCUACCUCCCGGUUAUCGAAUUGAAGUGCAACCCAAUGAACAAGUUCAAGUCAGUAUUCCAGGUACUACCAUGGGUGCUGGAGGUGUGAGCACUGGUCCAACAUCUCUUACCAUACAUCCAACUGGCCCUCCCAGUACUACACAACCUAUUCAUCCCACUCAUGGAACUCAGCAGUCAAAUCACACAAGUCAUACAACUUCACCUCAUUCAUCUCCCAGCAACACCAUUAGUAAGUCAUCUGCUCAUUCAACACCAGUUGCCAACAACCAGUCUCAUUCUAAUUCGCAAAGUCAACUUGUAUUCAAUCAAAGUUCGCCUGCACAUACUCAGUCUAGUGGUAGUUCACCUGGUGUUCACAGCCCGAAUAGUGCUCCGCAAUCUAGCCAGCCUGUAGAGUUCAAUCAUGCCAUCAACUAUGUCAAUAAAAUUAAAAAUCGUUUCCAAGGCCAACCUGACAUAUAUAAACAGUUUUUAGAAAUACUUCACACAUAUCAGAAAGAGCAAAGGAAUCUAAAAGAUGGUGUCCAUACAGGAAGCAAACCUUUAACAGAAGCUGAAGUAUAUGCUCAAGUUGCAAAACUUUUCCAAAAUCAAGAAGAUUUGUUACAAGAAUUUGGUCAGUUUCUUCCAGAUGCCAAUGGUGCAGCAAAUGCUUUAGUUGGCUUGCCCACUCCAAAUUCGAUAAAAAGUGAGCAUAAUUCUUCUGUGAAAAAACCCUCCUUGCCGACGAAACCGUUGCCUACAGCCAACAAUCAGACUAAACAAAUUCAGGCGAUUAAACGUCCUUCUCCAUCUGUGCCCUCUCCACCUAUGAAGAAACCAAGAAUGACAAGUUUAAAAGAUAUUACACUGUCAGAAGCUACAAAACAUGGAACUUUGAAUGAUUUUGCUUUUUUUGAUAAAGUUCGUAAAGCAUUUAAAAGUCAAGAGAUUUAUGAGAACUUUUUAAGAUGCCUUGUGAUAUACAACCAAGAAUUGAUAUCAAGACAAGAUUUGGUUUUACUUGUAUCUCCAUUUUUAUCGAAAUAUUCUGAUCUGUAUAAAUGGUUCAAGGAUUUCUUAGGUUAUAAAGAAAAUAACAAUAAUAAUAACAAUACUAGUGUCGAUAUAGUUCCUAAGAAAAUUGAAACUCAGGAAAGAGAAAGAGUUGGAGAUUUCGCUACAGAAAUUGAUUAUUCUUCAUGUGUGAAAUAUGGAGCAAGUUACAGAGCUGUGCCAAGAAAUUAUGUGCAACCCAAGUGCAGUGGUAGGACUGCGCUGUGUCAUGAGGUUUUGAAUGACACUUGGGUCUCUUUUCCGUCUUGGUCAGAAGAUUCUACAUUUGUAAGUUCCAGAAAGACACAGUUUGAAGAGUAUAUUUAUCGAUGUGAAGAUGAGAGAUUUGAGUUUGAUGUUGUGUUGGAAACAAAUUUAAGCACAAUACGCAUACUUGAAGCAGAAAUGACAAAAAUUAAUAGAAUGUCUCCUGAAGAGAAAGCUAGAUAUCGACUGGAUGAUACACUUGGCGGAAGUUCUUCAGUUAUUCAACAACGAGCUAUUAAAAGAAUUUAUGGUGAUAAAGCUGGUGAUAUUAUUGAAGGUCUUAAAAAAAAUCCUGUAUCUGCAGUGCCUCUAGUUUUAAGACGGUUAAAGGCAAAAGAAGAAGAAUGGCGUAAAGCUCAAAAGAGUUUCAAUAAAAUUUGGAGAGAACAAAAUGAAAAAUAUUACUUAAAAUCAUUGGAUCAUCAGGGAAUCAACUUCAAGCAGAAUGACGUGAAGUUUUUGAGAUGCAAAAGCAUAUUAAAUGAAAUUGAAACAAUAUAUGAAGAGAGGCAUGAACAAGUGGAUGAUGGUGUUACUGAUGUUGCUACUGGACCUCACUUAGUACUGCAGUAUAAAAGUAAAAAUGUUUUUAAAGAUGCAGCAAAUCUUGUUAUACAUCAUGUAAAAAGGCAAACAGGAACCCAAAAAGAAGAUAAGCAAAAAAUCAAACAUUUGAUGAGGCAGUUUUUCCCUGAUUUUUUUUCUGCUCCUCGGGGAGAUUUGUCGGAUGAUGAAGUCGACAAAGAUGAUGAUAUGGAAACAGAAGAUGGUAAUGAUAGUCCAAAAUCAAGUGUAUAUAGAGACUUACUUUCUUUGAAUUUAGGAUGCAGUAAUAGCUUUAUUAAAGACUCAUCGAAUACUGGUCAUAUUUCUCCAUCUCAUGAUGAUAAAAGCUCUGAUAGGUCAUUUUUUAGCUCUGCUCAAAGCAACACUAUGGAUAACUCCUUACCGGAUGAAUCUUAUACUCUUAUGUUUGCCAAUAACAAUUGGUAUGUUUUCUUCCGUCUGCAUCACAUACUUUGUGAAAGGUUAUGGAAAAUCUAUGAAUGUUCACAGAUACUAAUAGCAGAAGAACUAAGAGACCAAGAAGAAAGAAAGCAAUCUACAGCUCUUGCACUUCGACUUAAACCUCGAACUAACAUUGAUAUAGAUUCUUAUUAUCCAACAUUUUUGGAUAUGGUAAAAAACUUACUGGAUGGAAAUAUUGAAAGCAGCCAAUAUGAGGAUAAUUUGAGGGAAAUGUUUGGUAUACAUGCAUAUCUCGGCUUCACCCUGGAUAAAGUUAUUCAAAAUGCUGUGAGGCAGCUUCAACACAUAGUUGGAGAUGAUCCUUGUACUCAGUUGACUAAUCUGUUUCUUGAAGAGGCAAAGCAUAAAGCAACAGGUGGUGCAUGUUCAACAUCAUCUCUCCGUUCUACAGUUGAACUUGUAUACCAAAAGAAGGCAGAACAAUUGAGUGAUGAAAACUUGUUCAAAAUAAUAGUGUAUAAACAAGAAUGCAAACUGACCAUUGAGCUCCUAGACACAGAUUCUGAUGUUUCAGAAGACCAAAGCGCUGUAAAUAAAUGGAAUGCAUUUGUAAGAAAAUAUGUUUGUGAAGACAAUAUUGCCAACAUACUCAAAGACAAACUAGCGAAAAAUCCAAUAUUUCUUCCAAGACAGAACAAUAAUUGGUUGAAUCAUGCCAAAAAUAUGAAUGAAGAAAAAGAAACUGACUACUCUCAAGAAAAUGACUUGAGUUUGCAAAAUAUUCAAGAUGAAAUCGAUGAGAGUAAGAUAGAUUUAAGCCGUCUAGAAGAUGGUGGUGCCGGUGAAGCUGUGAAAGGUUUAGUGGGAUUAAAUGCUAAAGCUAAGUAUCUGGAAAGAACCAGGCUGAAUAAAAUAACCGAGAAUGGGGACUCGACAUCUAAUAGCUAUGGGUGCAGAUUUAAUGUGAAUUCAUACAAAAUGACAUGGAUUGUAGACAGUGAAGAAUGUUUGUAUAGGAAAAAGAGUCUUUCAAAAGCUUUGCAGUCUCACCAAAAAGUUUCACAGAAGUUGGGGAAACGAUUUCAUGAGUGGCAUCAGAGAUGGCUCUUAGAAAAUGUACAAGAAGAUCAAGAAAAAUGGUGCAAAAACUGGUUGUUAGGGUUGACUGAAGAUAAUAUACCUACUACUUGCAUUCGUGUAGACAAUUUCACAAAGCCUCCAUAUUCCAGUUUUAAUCGGUACAAAGUGCAGGCCCGUGAGAAAACCUGAAUCAUUCUAGAUUAAAAUAUAUCCCCGUGCUUUCUUGAACUUGUUCAUGUGCAAAUACAAACUGAAACCAUUACUAAAGACUAAGGAUAGAUUCCUCUUUCAUUAACAUUACAAUCAUAACGUGUUAUGUGCACUUAAUUUUGUUUCAUUGACUAUAGCAUUUUAUUUAAUGAGACAAACAUCUUGCAUUGAGUUUCUUCCGUAUCACUUGCGACGAAACAUUGUUUGACAAGAAAAAUAUUCUGCAUUAGACAUUCAUUUCAUGUGCAUUGCAUUGUAUAUCCCAUUGACACAUUUCAAAUUGAAUGUUUUCUUGAACUCUCAUGUCAUGCUGCAAAAGCACAAGAAAACGUCAGUGGACCAGAUGAUACUGCUUUUAAUUUUAAUAUGAAUGAAGCAGCUGCCAAAAACAUAUGCUGAUUUUAUUCAACAAAACAAAUUAUUUUUAUUCAAACGGUGUUCAAUGAAUAUUUAAUUUGAACACCCUGUAAGAAUGUAAUUAUUUCAUGGUAGCUUUUUUUAGCAUAAAACAUCUGACUGUAAAAUUUAUUCCAUUGUACAAAACACUGGUUGAAAAAAAAAUUGUGAAAUAUUUUACAUUAUGCGGUAUUUUUGUACCUUGAGAUCAUAAAAGGUAAGAAAAGAUAUAGUUUCUUCAAGUGAUAAUGUUGCCACCUGAAUGUAAGGACUUACUAUAAGCCAGAGGGAAUCAUAUGAAAGUUUUUAUCACCCUCAAUGUUCUUGUAAAUUUUUCAUCUUAAAAAUCAUGAGUUUAUGUGUUUGUAUGUUUUACAUUGUUGUUAAAAUGGUUUUCAAAUAUCUGAAAUAUAUUUUUUUUUUCUUAAUUUUAUAUAUUGAUAUAUUUCUCUUCAAAACAAGUAAUUUUACAUUGAAGCUAUCAAUUGAUUUGUUUAGUGGUGAUUUUAUAUUUCAAUUGUUAAAAAUAAUGACAUUCUUUGGUGUGUAAUAUAUGCUGAUUUAUAGAACAUGAAAUGCAUAAACAAGACUUAGUAUCUAUGGAAAAACAUAAGCUAUAUUUUCUCCUCUUUAGUUUUAAAUACUGUAAAGAAUAAAAGCUUCUGUAAAAUUUUACUUUUAAAUAAUUAAUAUGCAAGAAUUACAACCCCCUCUCGCAAAGCAUUACUUUGAAUUUCGAUUUAAAAAUUUUUAAUUGAUUUAUCAAACUUAAAAACACAUUGUAUAUAUAUAUUUUUUUAAUGUUGAGUUCUGAAUGCAUAAAUGUCCUAAAGCAAUGGUGCUCAACCUACAACCCACGGGCCAAAUCCAGCCGCAAACUGAUCGGUGUGGCCCGUUGUUUUGUUCAAUGUUACAAAUUGAAGGGCACUAUUAGUGAAAAUAUGUCAAAUUUAAAGCCACAUUGUUCAGAAAUUGGUUUCUGAAACACAUGCAUUUACAUUAAAAUAAACAUUGUGUAAGAGACAACAACAAUGUUUGGUUUGUGAUUUUUUUUUGUUUGUUUGUUUGUUUUGCAUAUUUUAUUAUGCUAGUUAGAAAAGAAUGAAAUAUUUUGAAAUUUUAUGUGUAUUCUGGCCCACGAGAAUGAUUUUAAUAUGAGGUGCGGCCCUUGGGCAGAAAAAGGUUGGGCACCACUGUCCUAAAAAAAAUUAUACUCUCCCAGACAGUAUAAUUUUUACUCUUAAUUCCAAUUUUUUAUAUAUUAUGUUUUUUUUUUAAUUGUUGUAAAAGAGUUUGAUGUUCUGAAAUUCUAGGCUCUGUUAAGCUGAAAAAAUAAAAAUAUUCAUGUCUAAUUAUUCCCUUUCUCUGCAAAGAAUAUUUUCCUUUAAAAAAGAAAUAAGGUAAUCAAUGAAAGUUUUAGUUUUUUAUUCCUACGCUAGGAAAUUUAACUAAAUUUGUAUUAUAGUCCAACUUCAGUAAUUUAAAUGAAAGAAACGGGUAUUUUUUCAUGUGAAUGAAAUUUCACAAAUAAUUUUAUCUUUAAAGGCCCUAGAUAUUUUACUUUCAAUGAAUGUUUAGAUAUGUUUUGCUCUUCUUAAAUGAGUAAUCCUAAUUAUUUCAACUUAAAAUUGAAAUUUACUACUUUGGUCAUAAAUAAUUCUCAAGACUUGAAACCAGGAGAAGCCAUUUCAGUAAUAAAUAUUUGUAUUGAAAUAAACAUAACUGAAGUUAACUUUGCUGCAUUUCCACUUUUGAAAGAGAAGUUUAUAAUUUGAUCAAUCUUAUUUACGUUUUUGCAAAGUUGUAGCUUUCUCUCUAUAACUAUUUUUCCUCUGUUCAAUAUUAUUGCCUGUAAAAAUCAUAAAUGAAGGAAUUCUGUUCAUAGAAUUAAUUGUAUAUUAAGUUAAA